AUGUCUUCUAGUAGCUGCUCAAUUGACAACGCUGUGCUGGAUCUGGCUGAUCUUUUCCGCUGGUCUCCUGUUCUCGGUCACGCUGUGUCCCCGUCUGCGAUGCAGCGGAUGAUGCGCACUCUCCCGUUCUCCGACUACGAGAAGGGCAGCAUCGACGAGAAAGAACUCUAUGCCCUUCUCGAAUCUCACUUCCCCGUCCAAGCUUCCGACAUCGCGGACUCGUUUCACGCAGCUCGCGCAGCGUUGUAUGUUCAGGCAGACAUUCUCGAGGUCCUCCGCCGCACAAAAGCCGCAACGAACAUCCGCGUCUAUGGGAGAUUCAAGGUAUCCGCCCCAGACUGGGACUUCAUCCGCAACACGAUCCGUACAGACGUCUGGUCGACUUUCGACAACGUGCUGACCUCCGCGGAGAUGGGCGCGCGUAUGCCUGAACUUGGGCUCUACCUUCGGUUCCUGGAGCUGAACAAUCUGAACCCGCGGCGCACUGCGUUCGUCAGCAGCAGGCUCGAGCAUGCCAUUUCGGCCACGUCCCUCGGAAUGGUCAAUAUCCCCUUCACCUCCUGCGAAGCGCUCGCACAGACGCUGCGUAUCCUCACGCGCGAUGCUGUUGCCGACGGGGACUCUUUCCUUCGCGAACACGCUAGGACCAUGUGGUCGACCACGGACACAGGGGUGGAACUCAAGGAGAACUUCGCGCAGCUGCUCAUGCUCGAGGUCACGGGAGACCGGAGUCUCGUAGACUUGCCGAAGCCCGAGUGUAGGAUGCGGUUCUUCAAAGGGAUGGGUGUCUUAACGACUGAGAAAUUCCCUCCCGAUGUCGACACGACGUCACUCGCAUUCACGGCCAUGUACAACAACUACUCGGAUGACCAGAAGAGUUGCGCCAUGGAUGAGAUCCUCACACUGCGCAACGCGGAUGGCAUUAUACUCACAUACUUUGAUCUUACUCGUCCACGGAUAGAUCCCGUCGUUUGCGUUAACGCGCUCACGUUCUUCCACACCAACGGCCGCGGGGCCGAGCUCCCGGAAACAUUCGAUUGGGUGUACCACGUCCUGCGAACGCGCGCGUACGCCUCAGGGACCUUGUACUACUACGGCGCAGACACUUUCCUCUAUUUCCUCUCUCGCCUCCUCGCAGUCCCCGGGACUCUCCCUUUCCACUCUGACCUUGCCGAGGUCUUCAAGGACCGCAUCGAGGAGCAGUUUGGAGAACCCGGAGACGCGCUGGCGUUGUCCAUGCGCGUCCUCGCCGCCGCCUCGGUGAACCUUUCUGAUCGUCGCGGCUACGACCGGCUUCUGGCGCUGCAGGAGGCGGACGGUGCGUGGCCGACUGGGUGGGUCUACAAGUAUGGCAUGAGCGGCGUCCUGGUGGGGAACAGAGGACUCACGACUGCCAUGGCGGUAGCGGCCAUUCGGCACUUCCGGGCGCUGCAAGACGUGGGCUUGUAA